AUGUGGAAUAAUGAAAUUUCAAAAGAUGAACCAACUGAAUUCGUUAGACAAAUAAAGAUGGCUGAUGAAAUGCUUAAUGAUUUUUCGUCAUUUCAUUCCGAAAUUCAUCCCGAAGCAGUUUACAUGAGCAGACAAUUCGGUCCUCUAAAUGCCAGGAAUCAUUUGGAUAACCAAUAUGAACAAAAGAAUUCCGAAAGCUUAAUAAAAAUAGACCCACUUAGU